AUGCAAUUGAAUGGAAACGAAUCAGGGAAUGAUAAUGUAAUUGAUUUGACAGGGUCCUCUCCGCCAAGGGAAGCUUCAGACCCGAAUCCUGUUAUAAUUGAUGUCGACGCGAUCCCAGACGACGCGAUUCCGCUCUCGGAAUCCUCACAACGAGCUGCUCAACAUGGAACACGUCGUGCAAGAACGAGAAGGAGGCGUAUAAAUGGUUCAAAUGUUCAGUCAAUGCUUGAGGACAUUGUAUACCUUGGUCCACAAUUGCUGACGAGACGAAUCUUUCAGUCUCGAAGAGUGCCCGAGUCAAUUGCUCGUAACUCGUUGACAGAACGUAAUAUUCCAGGAUACAUUCCUGCUCAGUUUUUUACAAUUUUCUCAAACAGGCUGCGUUACACAUUGGCUAAUCAUCCUAUGCUGUUUGAGCAAGGAUACUUCAACGACACAAAUGUCGAGCCCGAAGAAAGCUAUAUUGAUCGGGCAAAAGCAGAGUACACUCCCCCAAAGCCCGCAAGAGCUGGUUUCUCGCGGUCAAUUAAUCCAUCCACAGUCUUGCUGUGUCCAGGAUGUCAAGAGGAGCUUGGUGCUUCAAAAAAUGCCCAGAAAGCAACGCUUUGGGCUACAAAGUGCGGCCACGUAUAUUGUGGUCUUUGCAAAGAUGCUAUAAAGAACGCAAAACGCACGGAGCGAAAAUGUGCUGUACCCUCUUGCCGACAGUCACUAGUAUCAAAAAAUGCUUUGUUUCAACUGUACCUUUAA